CUUACAUUAAGAACAUAAAUACUUUGCUUAGGAGUGGGUAUAAACUAUACAGUGUCUUGAUACAACCUUAAAAAUAAUGUAAAUAAAUUCAUAAAUUUGCUCCUGAGGUUCUAAUAUAGCACAACAGAUAUAUCUCGGAACUUUUCGAAAUAUGCUGUAAAAACUAUGAAAUAAAUCUUGUGAAACCCAAAUGAACACCUGACAAGAUCACUUAAUUUAAAGUCAGAAAGGGUGUGAAAUAAAGGUACUUGUAAUUUGCUGUCGUUAGAAUAGCUUAAGAAAGGGAGGUUAAAGAAAUCUGUAAAAUAAUAAUGCCAACAAAUUAUUGAAUUGAAUAUAAUAAAUAUAAUUGAUAAUUUAAUAAUUAGUAGUAAAAAAUCAAAGGCUGACAAAGGGGCAGCUCAUAAUCAUAACAUGCAAAAUAAAAGGACACAACAAAACAUUUUAAAACAACAAAAGUGUGAGCGUAAGCAAGCCUUCUUUAAUGAGCAAACUACAGUGAAGACAAUACUAUAUGGAAAUACAGGGCCUACUGCAAGUGUUUAUUAAUUGUAAUUUUAUAUUUUCAUAUUAUUUUCACUGAAGAAGUAGAAGGCUUGCUUACACUUUUUGUUUUGUUUUGUUGCACCCUUUUUUUUUGCAGGUUUUCCCAUACUUUGUUUUACUUAUUUCCACUUACCUAACCUGGUUGCAGGAAAAUAUUUAAUUCAUUUAAUAAUAUGAAACUAAUUAUAAUUUUAAUUGUUUUUAUGUAAACAACCCCCCCCCCCCCCAAAAAAAACAACACUUUCAAAUUCAACAACUUACCUUUGAUAUUGAAAUAAUAAUAAAUGUAAAUAUAAAAAUCAAAGUCACCAAAAUUAAAAAUUUCACAAAAUAUUAAGCAAUUAGACUUGUACUAAUUACUAAUAAGUGUUACGCAUCGUUAUAUUAUAAUGAAUAAUGUGUAGAGAUUUUAAUCUAUUAUUUUAAUAUAUGGCUCAUGACAAACGGUACAUAAUAAAGAUGAUAGCACUGAUUAAAUAUAUUAAUAAAGAAUGAUACACAAACUAGGGCUAAUUAAAAAUAACAAAUUUAUUAAAACUAACUUUAACAAUACAAAAUCACAUGAAAUAAAAUAAAAAUCUAUUAACUUACAGUAAUGAACUGGUAUAAUGUAUGGAAGGUGCACACACACAGUAAAUAUAAUGUACUAUAAGUCAGUAUUUUAGUCUCGCUCUCGCCUCAUAUCUGAAUCUGUAUCUAUAUCUGUCUCUCUAUCUCUACUGCUUUCUCUGUCGAUCGGCUUAUUUAUAGUCUUUCAUAGAGACUUUUCCAGAAAGGGUCCAGACGCACUGUAUCUGUACCUAGGGUCCUCUUGUAAGUUCCACCAAACUCGAUUAGAUGCUGUGUUUACACUUAGUCAAGGUCAAGGGAGGAAAUUUAUAAUUGGGCCACACCCAUCGUGUCGCCAAACUUGGGGUCACCCAAAGUUCAUGCAUGAGGAAAACGAAAUAAGCACAGUGUCUACUAUAACAAUAAAUCUAACAAAUUUGUUUACAAUUACUAAUAGUAACACAACCAUUUAAUCCAAACAGUUCUACAACAUAUUUUAAAAUUAAAAUAUUCCACAUGUGAAUUAUAAUUAGAGAAAAAUCUUUCAAAUGAAUAACAACAACUUGAGACUUAACUCUUUCGAUGCGGAACAAUGCACACUGCGUUCUUCCGGCGUUCUCAAAAGCGUGGAUUAACGCCCUGUGCAUUGUUUCAAUAUCAUGUUUUGUUUCUUUGCUAUUUCUCGGUUAAAAUUUUUAAGAGCUAUUUUUAAAUAAGACUUUUACAUAGAAAAAUGGUACUUCAUUGUUUAUAAGGGAAACCAAGGUUUAUUUGUUGUCAUUUGAAGCAUUAUUUUGACGAUUUUAUUCAAGUUUUUUUUCUUCUACUGUUGCUAUGGCUACUCUAGACCAUAGUAGGUAAAUUUCCUAGACGAUUAACAGUCAGAAAAGCUUUGGAAUUGUUUUAUACUAUUUCUUUGGAUAGCAAAAAUGAUUUAAAUUUAGAUGCAUUGCAUGAUUCCGAUAGUAGUAGUUUUAGAGGACUUGAGUUAUAGAAGUGAAGAUGAGGUAUACGUACAUCAUAGGGUUUUGGGAAAAAUGGUUUAGCAUAAAAUAUUUUCACAUUUUAUGGUUCUUUUCUGUAACUUAUUUUAUUUAAAGUAAAGAAAUAAGUGUACAAACAUAUAGUCCUUUCAAUUAUCUUUCAUUUGAUACUAAGUUUAGUCUUAUAAACCAAAGAAUAAUAUUUCAAAAAUAUUUUAGUAAACCCAACCUCUCACUCUUUUUCUGCUUUUUGAAAAAAAUGUACAUUUUUUCGAUUAAAAAAAAUUCCGCAGCGAAAGAGUUAAGUCUAAAAUUUAGAUCCUAUCAUGAAUCAUAGCCUAAUUAUUCUUCUAAGUUAAGGUGAAUAGCUCAAAUGACUGCAAAUGAUAUCAAAAUUUGCUUGAACUCAAUGAACCAAAAAAAUGAUGAUAAAUUUAUGCAGGUUUAAGUGUUAAAAUUUCAUGAGUUUUAUUGGUUUGAGAGUCCCUGAUAAAGUCCUUGUUUUUUUCUCUCUUAUAAAUAAAUAUUAAUAUUGCUUCCUUUUUUGAUUAAUAAGUUUCAACACAACACCAAAUCUCAAUUUUGUAUCUUCAACAUUUAAUAAGUUGUGUUUAUUGUUUCACUCCAAAAAUGCACAGUUUAUUAUUUAAACAAUAAAAUGCUUUUCUAAAGCAUGUUUUAUACUUUCAUUUAUUAAUAUAUAAUAUCAUCAAUCAUCAAUAAAUCCUGUAAAUAUGACAUUUUUAUAGUGAGGAAUGGACAAGAAAUGUGUGUGAAAGUGAUGAGCUGAAAAAUGGGUGACACAAUGUGGAAGAAAACUCAGUGGUAAAAAAAUUGCCCUGAGGUCCGCAUACACAUAUUUUAAACUAUUGAACCAUUUGAAUUAGAAUAUUGAUUUUGGUGUUUUUGUCAAUUUUUCAUUUGGCUCUAUUCCACCGUGAUGCAUUUAUAUUUCAAAAAAUAGUUUGAACAUCUCACCAAAGUACCUUUCUAAACUCAUUGUAAAACCAUUUUAAAAACUGGAUCACAAUAUAAAUCAAUAAUUUAUUAUAUGUCAGAACUAUGUGAUCAUGGUCAGAGCUGAUUGAUCAGUAUCAUCAUCAUUCAGAUCAAGUGACCAUUUGGGAAUUGGCCCUUCAGCCUGUGGCCAUAUUGAAGAAUUUACACAAUCUCUGUAGCUAUUUUUUGGUAUAUGGGUGUUUGCUUAGUCUAGUAUAUUGGUAGAUAGUAUAGGCUUAAGUCCUGAAUUGCUGGGCAGUGGUAGAUGUGAUGUGUUCUGUCUCAUUUAGAUGUCUGCAAGGGGGGGGGGCACAAUGGGGAUUUAUUUGGUUUUAUGCAGUUUGGGUGGGAAUUAAGUUGUAUGUGUCCAGUGCGCUGUCGUAAGAUUAUGACCUUUUUGUGUCUUUGGAAGCAAAUGUAUUGACUUUUUAGGUUUUGGGCUGGGCAUGUGUGUAAAAAUAAUUUUCCUGUUUAUCCCAUAGCGCAUCCAUUCAACCACUUUUCUAUUUUGUUAGCUUUGAUAAUCUGCUUCACAGGUUUGAGUGGUGUAGUUAUGUUUGGCUGUUCAUUGAAUGCUCCUGGUUUUGCUAGUUUCUCUGCUCUUUCAUUGCUAGGUAUAUUUUGGUGUCCUGAUAUUUAUUGUAAGGCUAGCUUGACUGCGUAGGUAUCAGGUAUCGUAGGUAUCAGGUAUCGUAGGUAUCAGGCAUAGUAGGUAUCAUGUAUCGUAGGUAUCAGGUAUCGAGGAAAGCGUUUAUGUUUAGAAGUAGUGUUUUACUGUUAUGAAAUAUUGAUGCUAAGCUGCCUUAAAUAUUGAUUUGCAGACUGUCAAGAUAACCACUUUUCUUUGUUUGCUUAUAUAAGCUGUGUAGAUUCCAGAUGGGUGGUGUAACACUGCUUCAACAGCAGCCGAUACCGGUUCAUAGUUACUGCUGAUCGCGACAUGACUGGUCUGGGUACUCUAUUCGUAUGCCAUAUCCUGCAUGUAGCUCCUUUGAAAGCUGACCCAUUUGUAUAUAUUUGGAAAACAUUAUAUCCUCUUGGUAGGAUGCUAUGUUUCUUUUCUGCAGCUAUCAUUGUGUGUAAGGGGUCUGUAUUUUUCUUUUCUAUUCUUUCAAUUAGGUCUGUUCUGAUACAAACCAUUGGUAAAUGUUUAUUUGGGGAGAGGUCUUUAGGUAUGAUUAGCAAGUCUUCUCUGUCUGUUGUUAGGUGUUAUUUAUCUUCAAUUUUAGAGACCACAUCUAGUUUAGAUUUCUGUUUAAUUAUAUGCUUUUGUCUCCAUUUUUCAACAUUUUGUUUAUUUGUAUGUUGCAUGUUUAACCUUCUUUACCUUUCAACCUUCUCAAUAACUGUUGCCUCUCUUUUAAGAUUUAGUUGUUCAAUAUUGUAUGUAUUUCAAAUGCUGCUGUUGUGGUAGAUCUUGGACCUCCCAAGAUGAAAUGUACUGCCUGGGUGUUAUGUACUGUUAUCAAUAUGGAGAAAUAAAUCUCUUAUUUAAGUUUAUGGCUCGUUUUAAAACAGUACACAACAAAAUAGGACACCAAAUGAUAAAUAAAAUAACAAAUAAUACAAUACUCAAAUUAGGGCUAAUUACAAUUAAUAAAUUGUAAUUAGCUAAUUAUAAUGAAUUACAAAAUCAAAAAGAAAUAAAAUUAAAACUAUUGACUUACAGAGAAAUGUUAGGCUUGUACCAGUACAAUGUUGAAGAAAACACAAUGUGCAAAAAAGGGUACAAUGAUGAAAAAAAUCUACACACACAGUGUAAAUAAAUCUCUUGUCUCAUAGCAAAGAUAGCACACGCUCACAAUAGCUCAUGUGUUAAAUGAUAGCCCAAAAAUCUCUCAUGUGUCUCCUUUUAUAGUCUGUUUUAAUUAUCUUUCUAGAAUGGCCUUACACAUUGUUUUCCUGUCCAGUUUUCUCCAGAUUUUUUUAUGGAAUACUAAGGAUACAGAAAAUUAAUUUUAUUAAGUUUUAAACAAAGGCAAGAGAGACUAUUUUUAGCUAGCCACACCCUAAAUGCAAUUUCGAACUUGGUGCCAGCUAGAGUUCAUUCACGGGGAAUUCAUGGGGAAAGAUGACGUUAACACGUUCUCUACAUAACGCUGGAUUUGUACUUUUCCUAGAGAGUCCUAUACUGUCUUGCUGCAAAUCGACUUUAGCCCACAGCUGUAUUCUAUCACUGACAGCACAUUUCCUAUGCACAACUUAAUAGUGUGGUCUUAUCACUGCAUCAUGAGCUACUGGCCAGCCCUUUAACAAGGUUUAGCCAUGUUGUUGCCUUUUUUUUUUCAAUUUUUGAACAUGCAUUUUUUAAAUUGAGUUGCCUAUCUAACUGGACACCGGGAUAUGUUGGAUUGUCUUCUUUUUGGAGUAUAUUGCCUUGUAGGGAUAGUGUAAUGUUUGGCUACCUUAUGGCUUCUUGUGGAGACUGAGUAUACUGUCUUGGUGUUGUUUACUUUCAGUUUCCACUUUUCACAGCUUAAUCAAGUCUUCAUUAAGACAUCUUGCACUUAUACCUGUGAGUUGGCAAGUGUGCCACAUCAAAAAGUCAUCUGUUUAGAGUGCCUUCUUCACCUAUAGCUCAUCCGGUAGGUCAUCCGGUAGGUCAUUGAUGAUCAUUGUGGAUGGAAGCCCUUCAUCCAGGACACUCUUUGAUGUGGCAUUAUUUAUUUUUGUUUAGUAUGAUCGGUGAGAAAGAAUGUUUAUCAUUUGUACAUCUUGCCAUGAAACCCUGCAUUGUUUAACUCCAGGCUAAACCAUUCUGCCAUUCUCUAUCACAGGCCUGCUAUGGCAAAGACUGCUGAGGUGUUUCUCUGGAAGAUUAACCAGUUCAGUAAAGAUCAGAAUAGUAGAACUAGACUAAAUUAUGAAUGGGAAUAAUAUAGAAAUAACUCUAUAAGUCAACAAUUUGAAUUACUGGUACAAUGCACAUUCAAACGCUUGUUGGUACCGGUACCAAACUAUUACUUAUCCAAUAUUAGUAAUCCUGAUUUUGUAAUAUUGACAGGGAUCUCCUAGGAGUACUGCUUAUUUGUCUUGAUAAUUGACAAAUCUUGUUUUCAACUUCUACUAAUAACUACCACUAGUGUUACUACUACUACCACUACUACUAAUACUACUACUACUACUUUUGCCACUUCAAAUUAAAUAUUCAAUGCUUUAUUUUUUAGUCUUUCAUUAGUUAUCAUGUUUACUCUUUAAUACUACUAAUACUUGGCUUUUGAUGUGGGGGGCAGGAGGGGGGACCGCUAAAAAAAUAAUAUGAAUUGGUGGUUGAUAUAAGAUGGGAACUUCUUUCGUAUUCUCUCAGCUUAUUUUAGAACUAUAUUUUAAAAAUGCAUUUUCCAGACUAACUACUUGACAAUGGAUGAUGUUUGCCAGCAGUUAGAUGAAACUGUUUUACAAAUCUUUGAUGUUUUGGAACGUCUCUAUGAGGCUCAGGACUUACUUGGACAGGUCAUACUUUUAAUCUUCUGUUAACUAAAAAUAUUCCAUGUCUAGUGAGAUAAGGUCCAUGAAUCAGACAAUUGCAAAAUAUAUGGGAAAUGAUCAGCCUGAUUUGGUCUCUACAAUCAACCCCUUUUUUUUUGUCUUGCAUAUGAUGAUGACAUAGCACUGCUAGGGAAAAGUAUUAAAGACAUCAAAAUCAUUCAUUGAAUUAGAAGACGCAUCACUACAAGCAGCGCUGGAAGUUGACAACCAAAAAACAAAAUACAUUACUAUGAUAAGAGAAGAUGAAACCAUUAAAUUUAGCAACCAGACUUUUGAAUAAAUAAAUAAAUUCAAAUACCUAGGAUCCUUAAUAAAUGACAUAAAUGAAUUACCGGUACUAACAGAAACAGAAAUAAAAGAAAGAAUAUUGGCUGGAAAUAGGGCAAACUUCAGUAGUUACAAAAUACUAAAAAGUAAAAACAUUUCAAGAAAAGCAAAGGAAACUGUAUAAAAUGAUAAUCAAACCAGUUGUAACAAAUGCAAGAGAAACUUGGACCCGAACAAAAAUGGCAGAAUACCUAUAAAAUACAUGUGAGAGAAAAGGUCUCCAGAAAAUAUAAGGAACAUAAAUGGAUGAAUAUGGAUGGAGAAUAUGAACCAACCAGGAAUUGUCUAAACUUUCUCAGGAUCCUACGCUGGUAGCAGAAAUAAAAAAGGGCAGGCUACUUUGGGCGGGAUACUUAGAAAGAGUUCCAAGUGACAGAGGUGUGAAGAAGGUGCAUCACCAAAACCCCAGAGGAAAACGGCUCAAACGCAGACCUAAGAUUAGAAUGCUGGAUGAUGUGGAAAAAGAUCUACAGCAACUGGGAAUCUAAGCAUGGAAAAGCAUCAAUUAGGGCUAUGUGGAAGGAAGGGGUGAGGCAGGCCAAAGUCUUACACGGACUGUAGUGGCACAGGGAUGGAUGGAUCAGCCUGCAACAGUGCAUACCCGGUAUCAGCAUUGUCUGCUUCAGAAAAGACUUAUGAUUUAAUUUCUUUUGUGGUGUUGCAAAGUUCUAUUUUGUCCCUAAAGUAUUUGCAAUGUAUAAGUAUAAUCAUCAAGGCUGGAGGAAUGCAUGGAAAUUGCAUUCUUUAUUAUUAAUUAUACCUAUAAGGGGACAUAAGAGAGAAAAAGAAAACAGUUUUUCCAAGAAGACUUAUUGAUAAUGUUUAAUGGUCUUGAUUCCAGCCCAUCAUUUUAAUUUGUUGUAAAGUCAAUAGCUCAAUGUUAAUAAUAAAUUGAGCUUGAUUUUUUUUAAAUGUCUAAAUUUACGCUCUAUCUUAAUCAAACAAUGAAUAUUGCAUAAUCUUAUUCAUCUUAUAAGUUAACAGUUUUUUUAAAUUAUUCUAAUCCAGGCUAUGAAGAAUGGAUUUCUGGGAAUUUCCAGGACCAGGUGCAAUCUGGGAGUGAAACGUGUGUCCUCUGAUCAGAUAGUCGAUGCCAACCUCUCUGCCAAUGUCCUUGUUCAAGAAAAUGACAUUUGCAUACAGAAGUCUGAUCACUCUGUCAGUGGUGAAGUUAAAUCCCUCGAAGACAUGAACAAGUUAUUUGAACUUAUGAGUGUAUCACACAACAAACCCGUGGACAAACCCGUGGACAAACCCGUGGACAAACCCGUGGACAAACCCGUGGAGCCUAAGAAAGGUGAUGAGCUCAUGUCAUCCAGGCUGCCAUCUGGUGGGACUGAAGGUCCAAGAAAAAGGAACCUCGGUCAGUCCACAGUUGACAGACCAUCUCCUGGUGGCAGGGAAGACACAAAAGAAACUGAGACAGGAAGUGAAACCCAUUCAGAUAGAAGUAAGACGGAAGAGGAGGACUGUGAAGAAACUGACCGGAAGAUCACCAAUCCUCUCUCGUUGUUUGGAGUUUUGGUCCCUCAGUCCCUGCGCUCAUCCCAGAAAGACUUUUGUGAGGCAGUCAAGACCUGUGUGCAAAUCGCCAAUCUAAAAUAUCAGCUGAAUGUUCUUGGAGUUGAGUACAGACAGCUGCUGGACAGAAAGAAAACACUCGGUGAACAGUGAUGAAAUUGAAAUUGCUCGUAGAGAUGUAUUAACGGACAGAGCCAGCAAAACAAAUUUCUCACUCUCACUGACCAUAUGAAUAUGAGUCAAUUUGUGAUGUCCAGUCAUGAUGACCAGUAUGCACAAUUCCAAAUGUCAUUGGCCCUGAAGUUCUUUCAGUUCUUCAAAUAUUUCACGUUACCUAUUUAUAAUUAUAUUCGGAAGUUUAUCAUGCUUUAAAUUUUUACUGUUACCCUUGCCCAUGACAUGAUCUGUAUUUAUUUUUUUGUUGUUAUUAAUGUGAUGUAUUGAUUUUUGUACCGUAUGUGUGUACCAGUAUGCUUAGUAGUAUUUUAAAUUUGUGUAUUCUGACAUCGUUCCUCUUGUCCUUACAUCAUUGUUUUCAUUUUAUAUAUAAAUCUUAUCUUCAUAAUACCAUAUGGAAACAUUUUUUACCGCCCGCUCCAAGUUGUCUGCUGUCUUCAGUGAUUGAUGUUUUUUAAUCCUAAUCAAGAAUAGCUGCCAUGUUGGGUUGAAGAGUCCACUCUAUCCAGGUAUUUUCCGAUCUACCUUAGAACAAACCGAGACACGUUCAGAGCUGUAUGUGAGUGAGAAGAUAUGCUACCAUUACAGCACAAGGCCACCCACUAAUGUUUAUUUUUUCUAUGGCUGUAUGUGCCCACUCCAAAGAUGAAUGGAAAAAUGACCCCAUGAACUUUAACCUCCUCUGUGGAUUUUUUGUGUGUGGUUUACAUCAGAAAUGUGUUUUGUUUGUAAAAUGUUAAAGUUGUACCUGUUCAAACAUUAUUAUAACCAAGAUGUUAUAUCCCUUCCCCCCUUCCCUCCCCUUUGGGGUGGGGAGAUACAUUUUCAAGGGAAACCAUUCAUAAUUACUUAGUGCCCAAUAAAUAUGAGUAUGAGUUAUAAUACUUGGCACUAAGUAGUUUUCAAAACUUCCACUCAGCUUUUUCCUCAAAAGGAAAAAUAAAAAGUUUUCUAACUUCUCUCUAUCGUAAUAAACAUUGAAAUUUACAUUAAUAAUUAAUUAUUUAAUGAUAAUGAUUAUAUUUUUUACUUUUUAAAAGAUGCAGUUAUAAUUGCUAUACAGAUUUAAACACUCUAAAAUAAAAACAUUUGUACAAAGAAAAUAUUUUGUUAUUGCCAUUGAGAUGUUGACAUAUCAGCCUCUGUCUU